AUGUUGCAGCAUCCUCCUUUGACUGGCAUCAAGGUGCUAGAAUUCGCUGGUCUUGCUCCUGGACCUUAUGCUGGCAUGUUGCUCGCUGACGCAGGCGCCUCGGUUCUCCGCAUAGACCGUGCUCGACCCGACGCAUCUGCGCCUACAGAAGACAUGCUAGCCCGGCAUAAAUCUUCCAUAGCCGUGGAUCUCAAAUCAGAGCGGGGCGUUGCGCUUAUAAGACGCCUUGUUGCUGAGGCCGAUGUCCUCAUUGACCCUUUUCGUCCAGGCGUACUUGAGAAACUGUCACUGGGUCCGGAUGAGCUGUGCCGUCUUAACCCAAGACUUAUAUAUGGCCGCAUGACUGGGUUCCGUCGUGAUGGAAAGUACGCACUCAUGGCAGGUCACGACAUUAACUAUCUUGCCGUUUCAGGUACACUGGGAAUGCUGGGCAGAGAUGGCGAGAAGCCACAUCCGCCGUGGAACAUCCUGGCUGACUUCGCUGGUGGAGGAGCGAUGCUAUUUGAAGGUAUCUUAAUGGCCAUCAUCUCAAGACAAUCUUCUGGCCGCGGACAAGUUGUCGAGGCAAAUAUGGUAGAUGGAAGCUCAUAUCUGACCACUUUUCCUCGAAUGGCGCUCAAGACGAUGGUGGGCAACAGUGGCCGAGGAAACAAUUUGCUCGAUGGAGGUGCUCCCUUUUACGACACUUACGAGACAUCGGACGGCAAAUAUGUCGCUGUCGGAGCUCUUGAACCGCAAUUCUUUGCCAUUCUUUUGAGUGGACUCGAGAUUACUGGUCAAGGAUGGGAAGAGGAUCAGCACAACAGAGAUCGCUGGCCCGAGCUUCGGCAUUUAAUGGCAGAUAGGUUUCGAAGUAAGACUCGUGCCCAGUGGGAACUAGUCUUCGAUGGUACAGAUGCGUGUUGCACCCCUGUGCUGGAGUAUAGCGAACUAGAGAAUGACCCCAAGCGGGAAGGUGACCAGAGACCGGCGGUGACCUUGCGGGAGACGCCCUGUCUUGCCGUGAAAGAGGGCGUAGGACAUGCAGACCCAUCUCGGUUUGGACAAGGCCCAGGUGUACCCGGAGACGGCUAUAGAGCGAAUCUGCUGAAGCCUGGAGCAGGGGGGGAAGAAGUCUUGAGGAAAUGGCUGGGAUGGGAGAACGGAACCGAGUAUGUACUGGAGCGGGGAGGGUUUGUACUCAAGGAGCUUUCCAAGCUGUAA